AGUGGAUAUCAGCUGAGAGGAGCAGAGACUCGUACCAGCAGCAGAGGAGGACGGUGAUGAAGAGUCACCUAAAUUCCCAAAAAGUGAACACAAUGGAAAAGGUCCUAAUGCUACUUUGGUUAUUCCUAUAUCUACAGUGUUUCCUUACUGGUAAUUUAGUUGACUCUUUUCCCCUGCCCUUCGGUGCCCACCCAGUACCCAUCAUAUCCAUGGUGGGGAGCCAGGUGGUUCUUCCCUGCAGCUGGAAGGGCUCCCAGAAAGAGAUGACCCCAUCCGCCUGCCACAUCCAGUGGAUGUCUCCGCCACACACCGUGUUCGAGCAGCUCGGAGAGGACAAGUGGCAGGCAGCAGAGUUUGAGGGCCGAGUGGAGGUGCCCCUGGAGAAACUCAGCUCCGGGGAUUGUUCGUUGAUCAUCAAGGAUGUUCAGAUCGGAGACACAGGGAGAUACGAGAGCUUCAUAGUGGUGGAUGGAGUGAGGUCCAAAGGUAGCCGGGUCUUCAUUCAAAGUGUCAAAUUGUCUGUGACAGACCACAAAUCCCAGCAGUCUCAUAAGCCAGGUGAAGACCUGGAUUUGGAGCUCUACACCUCCCACUCAUUUGCAGUGGUCUUCCAGAGCAGGAACAGUUCAGUGUGGGAGAGCCUGUGGAAGAGGGGGGACGAAAACACUGAACGUCUGGAAAAACAUCCGCAGUUUGAGCAGUUAACAAUAAAGAAUCUACGAAGCUCAGAUGAAGGAAUAUACAAAGUUUUGGAUGAGAACGACCUCUCCGUCAGCACCAUGCAGCUCUACGUAGAAGAAAACACCUCAUCCUUCAGAAUCCAUCAGGGGCAUGAAAAAAUUACAGCAGAUGCUGCUCCUACAAGCAGCUGCUCAGCUCUUCUCCUCAUGUCUGUUCUGCUCUCAUGUUUCCAAGUUCUUCAUCUUCACUGAGACAUUCUUCUGCAGAGUAACUGUCUAAAAAAUAUCCAGAAUAUGCAGAAUUUUGCACAUUAUGACCAGCAAACGGAGUGGAUUUCAACAGUUUGACCCUGUAUAUGUGUGUGCUAAGUGGCCGGGUCUCAGUAUAACUGCAAAACAACAAGUGAAAUUUGUAGCUUAAUCAACAAGGUUUGCUUUGCUGGCCAUGAUUGUAGUCCUGAAAGUUGGCAGUUUGAUUGGUAGCCAUGUUCCAUUUCUAAAACUCAACAUUUAAAAUAUGUUAUUGUGUGUAUUUCGAAUUGAGGAUUUGCUAAUGUGUUAGAGAUCUCAUUUAGAAGAACAACGGUGGAAAAUAUUCCUUAUUUAUGAUGGUCCCUUCAGCUUUAUACUUCAUAAAGCAAUCUCUCCAGUUAACCAUGUGAGAGCUUCUACAACAAAAAGCUCCAGGUUAAGUAAGCAACACUAAAAUCUACAUCACAACUGCCAACCAACUUGUAAAGAUGCAUACAGACUGCAGGUUGAUGCAUCAGUUUAUUUAAUGUGUAAAAUACAGAUGUCCUACAGCUUAUAUAUUAUUCUUCACCAUCUAGCAGCACAAACGUGUAUUAAUUAUCUUCUAACUCAUCUUAACCUUAUUUGCAAAUGAUUCAGCCAGACUUAAAAAGAAAAGGCUGAUGGUGACAGUUACAACGUUCUGUGAACCACUGCUUGCAAAAUACUAUUGAGCUGCUUGAGUCAUUGUUUCCAUACUAGUUAAAUGGUUCACAGUUUUUAUGGCAGUUAGAAAUAGCGGGAGCUCCUUUUCCAUCUACAUAUUUAAUAUUACCCUUCAUGUAGCUUUUAAAAAGGUGUUUUGGCUUUUUUCUCCCAUCAGUCUGUUAAACAAAAACUGUCUGUAAUCAAAUAGGACUUAAUUUUGAUUAAUCAAAGUAAGAAACUUUACUAGUUUUCUAAAAAUGGUAGUCACAACACAGGUUCAUCAUUUGAAGGGAUAGUUCAGAUGUUUUGAAGUGUGGUUUUGUCACAAAGUUAUAAGCAGUUAAUAUCUUACCUAGGGUAAAUAAGUUAGAAUCUUUGUUAAUUAAAAACACAGACUAGCUGGUCCCAGAGGCUGAAGCUACUGGAUAGUCUGAGAGGGGCUAAGAACAAAACUGUCUUCUAUGGCUGUAACUACGAACCUCAGAAAGAUCAACAUUUUAUGUGAACUCUAUUGUAUGAACCUCCUAAUCAUCUUCAUGUUUGAGUGUCGAAUGGUCCGCUGAGUACGAGUUUAUUUACAGGGGAAAGGGCCUUCAGGGGCAGUGCAUCACCAGUUUUCUUUCUUGUGAAACCUGAGAGCAGAAGGCGUGUGUGUUCUGUCCGAGAAGGUGUAAAAAAAAAAAAAUCUAAAAGUGUUCCCCUAAACUUCUUUAUUUUUUUACACCUUGUUGCUUUCCUGUUUUAAAAAUCUGUGUUCUGUUCUCAGCCCAUUUCACAUAAAAAGAUCACUGGUGACGCACCGCCAACUUCCACCAUUUCCCACUUUUAACAAACCAAAAUUAAACUGGAAAUUGAUUUGACCUAGUUAUGAAAAUUCAAGCAACCAGUUGUGUGAAUGAAUAUGUAUAAUCCCAACUGCAUUGAGAUUGACUGCAUCUAAAACCUCCAACACAGUUGCAGGGACUGCAAUUUUUAAAAGAAUGUUCUAAAAAUGUGACUUCAGUAUUUCAACAUUUCAAUGUGUGUGUUUAAAAACGUUUUUUUUAAACUGUCAAAAAAAGUCAAACAAAAAGGACUAAAACCGAUGAGUUCUUUGCGUUUUUCCCUCAAAGCUGUGUAGAAAACUUCUUGAAAAAUCUUUGAAAGUUAAAGUGGAUUAGAACCAUGUGGUUGUGACAUCUUGUGAUACUAUAGGGGUUAAACAAGUAACAAGUUUCUUAUUUAUUUCUACCAAUAAAGAAUGCAAAGAAAACCAA